AUGGUGUCCAACCUUACCCGGAGCUGGCAGAAGUGGGUGUCCGAGAUCAAAGACAAGCUGGCCAAGGAGCCUAUCAGCUGGGCUCCUGACCCCCUAAGAGAGCUUUGGGGCGAACCACCAAAGACACCAAGCACCACUAAAUUAGGAACCUGGCAGAAGAAGGUUUGUCCCUGUCAGGAUCCCACUGCUGGCCACCACAUACCUGCUGCUCAGAACAACACUUCAGCUACCAAGCAGGAGUCUCAAGGCAACUCUCCUCCUUCCCAAUUGGAGGGUAAAAUUAAGACCCCUCUCGUGCCUCUAUAUGGGAGUCCCGGAUCAAGACCAAGGGAGGAGAUAGACAGGACACUGAGUAAGAGGGGGUCGCUCACACUCCACAGAAAGUGCUCCAAAGUGUCGAAACUGACCCGCAGCUGGAAGCAGGAGAAGGAGCGGAAUACAGACAGCACUGGGUCAUCUGGGGAGGCCAUGCAGAGGGACAGUGACGACAUCUCACCUAAAGGGGAAGUUGAGUCAUGGGUGAGGGUCAAAAGACCCUCCAGCUCAGUGAGCACAAAGGAGUUGGAUGACGCCAACAGGAUCAACGCUCUCUCAAAGAAGUACAGUGCCGUGGGCAAUCUGAAAAGCCGCUGGCAGAACUGGUCCUCGACGAACACCGUCAACCAGAAGCUCAACCCCUUCAGUGAGGACUUUGACUAUGAAUACUCCAUGUCCCUACGCCUCCACAAAGGCGAGGAGGGUUACGGACGCCCCAAGGAGGACACCAAAACAAACAGCCGCACAUGCCACGGUGAGAUAGCCGACAUGUGCUAUGAGACCAGGACCAUGAACGACCCAGAUCCGGACGGGAAGACCCACGUCACUUUCAGAGAACUGUUUGAUAGAUACGUACGCGUCUCUGACAAGGUGGUGGGGAUUCUUCUGAGAGUCAAGAGGCAUGGGAAGGUGGCGUUCGAGGGGGAGAUGCUGUGGCAAGGGCAGGAUGAUGGUGUCAUCAUCACCCUGUCGGUGUGA